AUGCGCCAGGAGUACGGAGCUUUCGUCCAGCUUGGCAAAGGUGAGAAGUACAAGGAUGGCUUCCUCCACAUCGGUUGUCUGCCGGCCCCACCGGGCGUGGAGAGACUUGAAGUGGUGAACUCUGUCGUCCGGGAAGGUGACAAAGUCUGGGUCAAGGUCCGGGACGUGGAUGAAGACAGCGGCAAGUAUGCCCUUGAUAUGCGGUUUGUCCACCAAGAGGACGGCCGUGAUCUGGAUCCCUUCAACGGUCGCGGCCGUGUGCCUGCGGACGUCGGCUGGGUGUUUCCCAAGCAGCAGCUGAAGCACAUCCAGGGUGCCGCGGCCGCCAUCACCGCUGCCAGCGGCGGCUUUGGCUCGGACUUUCAGUGGAGGGACGAAGCCGAGGAGAAGGAAGAAGCACUGAAGAGAAUGCAAGUUGAAUCCUCGGAUGAAAGUGAUUCAGCGCAGAUGACCAAGAAGGCAAAGAAGGUCAAGAAGAAGCUUGAAAAGCAGAAGAAGAAGCUCGAGCAGCUAAAGCAGCUGUCAGAGCAGAAGGACUCCAAAAACAAGGAGAACAAAGGCAAGGAAAAGAAAGGCAAGAAAGAAAAGAAGGAGAAGAAGAAAAAGAGUGCCUCUGACGACAGUUGA